GUUGACUACAACAGAUUUCGUAACUGACAAAACUCUUCAUUUGCCUAAAGAUUCACAGAUUCACUUUCGGUUUCCGCCGGAAACAAAAAUAAAAAUCUCUCCGCCGAAAAGACCAAACAAAGAAACAAACAAACAUGGUGCAGUGUAGCAACAACCUUCUCGGAAUCCUAAACUUCUUCACCUUCCUCCUCUCAGUCCCAAUCCUCUCCGCCGGGAUCUGGCUCGGCAAAAAUGCAGCCACCGAGUGCGAGCGUUUCCUCGACAAACCAAUCGUCGUCAUCGGAAUCUUCCUCAUGUUCGUCUCCAUCGCCGGUCUCGUCGGCGCUUGCUGCCGCGUCUCGUGCCUCCUCUGGCUCUACCUUUGCGCCAUGUUCCUCCUCAUACUCCUCGGGUUCUGCUUCACCAUCUUCGCCUUCGCCGUCACCAACCGCGGCGCCGGAGAGGUUUUGUCCGAUAGAGGGUAUAAGGAGUACCGCGUCGGUGAUUACUCGAACUGGUUGCAGAAACGAGUGAGCAAUGCUAAGAAUUGGGAUCGGAUCAAGAGCUGCUUGAUCUACUCCAACGUGUGCUCCACUUUCAGCACUCGCUACGCUAGCGUCAACGUUGAAGAGUUCUACAAGACUAAUCUCAAUGCCCUUCAGUCUGGUUGCUGUAAGCCGUCCAAUGAUUGUAACUUCACGUACGUGGGCCCCACUAAUUGGACAAAGACCACUGGUCCUUACACAAACGAGGACUGUAACGUUUGGGACAACAGGCCGGGAACUUUAUGCUACAACUGCCAAGCGUGCAAGGCUGGCCUGCUAGAUAACCUCAAGAACUCGUGGAAAAAAGUGGCUAAGGUGAACAUUGUCUUCCUCAUAUUCCUCAUCAUCGUCUACUCCGUUGGUUGUUGCGCCUUCAGGAACAACAGGAAACGCAGCUAUUAUUAGAUCACAAGACCAAAAAGAUUAUCUUACUACUCUUGAGUCGGUAAAAAUGCAGCCUUUAAGACAAACUUGUUUGAUCGCUUGUCUUGUGUGUGAGAGGUUGCAAUUCAAUGUAUUUUUCUCUUUUAAAAUAUGCAACAUAAUGACUAAAUGAGUUAUUACAAAAAACACUUGCUUUGUGCUUCUAUUUCGAGUCUUUUUUUGUCUGUG